AUGGCUAGGACGAUGCAAAUAUCAUACCAGCUGUACGCAUCCGCAGCCUCGCUCACUCAUGGAUCACAUGUUGCCAUGCUUCUCGAUCCUGUCGCAGACGCUAUAUGUUGUAUAUACGCUAUCCUGCGAUCGGGUUUCGUCUGGGUUCCUUUAGAUACGCGCAAUCACCACCGGCUUCGUGCGGCGGGUAAGGAGAGUCGGCCGCAAGUCCUGCUAUACCACAAUGCAACGAGGACCCUGGCACAGGAGGUCAUUUCAGGCAUUGGUUUUACGUCAAUACUGAACAUUAAUACCUGCAGGAUUGCUUGUCUGAGUGAGACAGUGACAGCCGAGUCCUCCCAAGACGACAUCAAAAGCAGCGAUACUACGAGCAGUGAGCCUGCUGUGAUGCUUUACACCGGCGGAUUUACCGGUGUGUUAAAGGGCGUCGUCUUCACGCGUGGCAGUCACCUGAACCAGAUAUUUGGAAGCACUACUACUCUGAAUCUUAAACUCGAGAAUAAGCGCAACUUCACCAAAGGCCGCUUCAGUGCCACACUAGAUCAGAGUCUACAGAUCGGGCGACAAGGGGCGACUAGAGAAAGAUGGCCAGGGACAAUUCACGGCAUCCGUGUAGAGCUCAACGACAUCUCGAAUGCAAUUGUCAUUGUCUCGAGCGGCAGAAUUGUCAAUGUCGCCGCUUCUUUGAGACCUGGCCAACUAUCUGACAUGCUGAUUAUCUUUGUUGUUUUUGGUCUUGCUUUCACCGGGGACAAGGUCGACUUUGCAAACUGGCACCGAAAUAGCAUUCCCCUUGGACAAGCUAUGAUGCCCGGUCUCAUUGUACCAGUAGAGCAAAUACUCGCUGCAGCAAACGGCAAGACAGAUAGUAUUGCUUUGAACCGACUGCCUAUACACGACAUGGCGAAUUUGAAGGCUGUGAAUGAAUCUGUGCGCAGCUUGAGUUCCAUGGAGCAAUCUAAAGCCAUCUUUGGCGCGAGAUGCUCUCUACCCAUAUGUUUGGAAUGUUGCCCGCAACGUGGAAGCCUAGUGUAG